AUGGUCCUGGGGGCCGUAAAACGGACAGAGCCCUACGCAAGACUGGCUAAAACACUCGGGAACGUUCCUGUCGCUCGUUAUACUCUACUGGAAAAGCCAAAGCCUUGGUGGACAACUCUUCUCCAUGGUUUCCAGAAAAAGCGCCACGGUGGAUCGCGAAACUGGGCUAUUAUUGCCUCAUGUAUAGUUUACAUACUUGCUAUACUUGGUAUUUCGCCCAUAUCUGCUGCCCUACUCAGUUCAAAGGAGGUGCAGAAGGGCGAUACCGAGAGCUUUGUCCGAUUGGCUCUGCGCAACGAUUCUGCGCACCCACUGCAACCUCGAGCGAAGCGAGACACAUAUCUCCAGACUACGGGUGCGAUCCUGAAAAACUACAGCACAUCUCCUUGGAUAACAGACGAUUACCUUAUCAUGCCAUUCUGGCCCUCGAACUCGCCACACGUUGAAUCGCCUUGGACUUUUCGAUCCCUACAAGCAGACAGCUGGGAGGCGAACACGACUGUGUUUCGGAACGAUUUUGUCUGCACAGAUCUUCGUCUGAGUAAGAAGGACAUGUAUCUCAGGCAUGCUGUCAACAGCUCAGACUCGAUGAACGAUGAGACACUUCGGUACAACAAAACGUACGUGGCCUCCGUCCUCUUGGAGUCAGACCAUGGUUGCCACUUCAAUCUCACCGUGAAUGCGACAGCCCAGUACGGAUACGAGAAUGUGGAGGUGACCGGAAACUGGAUAUCAUGGGGUGACUCUCACCGCAUCAUGUUCAGAGACGAGUACAGCAAAGAUGCAAUCGUUCGGCUAAACGAGGAAUGCCCUGAGGAUGAGAUUAUAUUGAUGAGCACUCCUUGGUGGGAGGAAUAUACCAAACCAGAGAAGCUUUUUAACAAUCUGACCGUCCAAGCAUAUGCUUGUCAUAGUGAACACACUAUGGCAGACAUACCAGUUCGUAUUCUUGGUAAGCCUGAACGACAGUCUGUCCAGUUCGACGAAGAGAUGUUCCAUCGUAUUCGCACUCCAAUCACUCCAGCAAUGGUCGAUCUCCAAGAGUUACGCAAUAUAUACAAGAGCGUCGCAUGGAGUGACUUCAUCCCUCAAAAGCCUUCGUCUAGCAUGAAGAAAGGAUUUUUUGGCGGCUCAGCUGCUGUGCUGGGAAGAGGAUACAACUUCAGCAUACCAGAGAUGAUGGCAGAUCCCAACUUACUGGCAAGAGCUGGACGCUUUCGGCGCCGCUUUUUCGCUGAAAUCAUUGGCGCUACUCUACAACAUAACACGAUUAGUGUUUCACAGCAACAACAGAUGGCUGGUGUAUCGUAUGGGUCCUCACGUCAGGUCGUAGUCAGUGGGCAGGCUGCCUACAUCCUUUGCGCCCUUCUCGCGACUUCCUUCUGUGCGCUUCUGGGUAUCAUCUGGUGGGUACGUCCAACGAAGCGCAAUCUGGGUCUGUACUGCGAUCCUAGUAUGGUGUUGGGGGUCGCUCAGUGGGCGAGCGGCAAUCGCAGCGUGCUCUCCGAAUUCAGAAGGCUGGAUCUGGCCACCAGAAAAUCGUUGAAAGAGGAUCUUACAAAUCGGCUCUUCGUCACUCGCGAGGGAGGGCUCCACGAGCUUGGGGAGAGAGUCAAUUCGGAGAUAACGCCCCCGGACCAGGAAAAGGCUCGAUCGGCCAGAACGACUAAAGGAGAUACCUCUUCUUCUGUACUUCCUGAGUUACGGCUACGCAACAUGGCGUGCCUGUUGCUCUACAUAUCCGGACUUCUGGCAGGAAUGGUGGUCUUGUUCCAGUUUGCGCAACGUUCACAACUUCAUCAAGCCUUCUUUACUUACCGAGCCAACGUCAUGUUAUUUGGCAAUGAAAGCACCAUCUCCCCGUUCGCUAUUAUACCAACUGUGCUUGCUGUAGUUAUUGCUCUGUGGUGGGAGUCUAUUGACAGUACCUGCCGGUCCGUGCAACCUUACAUCAGCAUGUAUAAGGGUGCGGCAACCCCACUUCAGAGCACAGGCCUAGAGCUGCGGCAGGUCCCGCUUACACAGGUAUUGAAAAUAGAGAUCUCCGAGUACGAAUGGGCACACGGACCGUCAAUGGGGCCUAGCAGUAAAGAAUACUCUCUGCUCACGAGCGAUCUUUACGACAUGAAAGCAGACUGGAUGUAUACUGCGAUCAUCCAGACUGCGCUCGGUGGUCCUGCUCCGGCCUGGAGCAAAGACGAUUGGAGCUUUGUACCAAUUUCUCUGAGCCCAGAAAACUUGCUCGAUGCGAUGAAUACAGUACCAGGGCCCGAGGGUGUCACUAUACCUGCAACUCUAAGAUUCCAGACGCCUGCACUUAGAGCUAGGUUGGAUUGCAGCGCAAUUGACAUGGCGAAGAACACCAGCACUUGGAUCACAUUUCAGAAUUCGACGACCAAUACUACCAGCCUUAAGAGCUUCUAUCGGCUUUACGAAAGUAUGUUCAGAGACCCUCAUCGUAAUCUGACGACAAGUGUCACCGCCCAGGGUGUUUCUCCACAAUGUUGUGGCAAUGUCACCGACAGUACUAUUGAAGAACGAACAUACAAUCCGGCAGUUAUUUCCUACUGGACUGAGAACUGGCUUUCGGAUGGCUCAUCGAUCAUUGGCAGAGGUAACAACUUUACGAUCAAGUGGAUUCGCGGGCCCACAAGCUUCGCUGAACUCUCUGGAUAUGCUGGUAUCCGGCACAUGAUUUUCUCUGAAGCCCCUGUCAUGCAAGCCUUGGAUUGCAUGCCGACCUUUGAGGCAAGCGAAGCAGAAGUCCUCGUUGAUCUUACAUCUGGAACCGUUCAGGACUAUCGUAUACUCAGUGCACCCGUUUCCGAUGAUGUAGCAUGGUCUGAUUCGUGGGUCUAUCGCAAUUUGACUGAGAAACCCCCAAUUCAAAAUGGCACUGCCUGGGAUGAGAGGAACUAUUUCGAUGUUAAUGUCACUACGAGCUACGGUAUUUACUUCAUGAAGUCGAUCUUACGUUCAGCAUGUCUAAUGAUGACGGGAUCGUAUCAACUAGGCCAUCCCUCGAAUCAGUACGACGACCGAUUGGACGACAAGGUGUUCAACAUGCGCGAUAAUACAACAGGUCUCAAUAUGGACUUUAUGUCAUACGCGGCUUAUGCUCAAGUCAAGCUCGACCCAACAGCACUUCUAAACGCAGAUGUCUUACUCAACACGUCACGCAAGAUUUUCUCUACGUUCUUCCAACACUUUGCCAACAACAACGUCUCGCCCAAAGACGGCGGUUACGUCUAUCAACCUGCUGGCCUGCAUGACGAUAUGACCCCACCUACAAUCAACUACAAGGACGCAAAACCCUUAACACCCAACGGCGACAUCGCUCCCAGAUUCCAAGACGUCCAUCGCAACACUAACAAAACAACAUCCGCAACUUUGAGCACGCGUGUGGAGAUUCUCCAGAUAAACUCUGUCGCGUUCUGGAUCGCGACCAGCAUCCUCAUCUGGCUCAUCGUCACAAUCACCAUCUUUGCCGCCGUCCAACGCAGAUACUACAGCGGCAUGAUGCGCAACGUCGAAUGCAUCGCCGACGUGCUCGCGUUGAUUGCUGGCAGCGACCAGCUCCUCGCAGCCGUGACAGAGCAGGGCGUCGAUACCAUGCUCACGCAGAACAAGAUUCUGACCCGGCUGGGAUGGUUCAGAGACCCCGACGGCACGAUGAGGUGGCGCAUCGAGGUCGUGCACGGCGAGGAAGGGAUGCGCUUGCGUCCUAUACCGCUUGGUGCGUCUUACACACCUGUAGCUAGAGACGAUGACGAAGACGAGGAGGCGUUGACUUUGAGGGAGGAGGAUCGGGCGGCUCUCGGGGAGCAGUCGGGAGAUGUACGCGUGUAA